GAGAGUUUUGAUUGGCUGGGGGCUGCUGGGAUGAAAUUCGGUGGCGUGUGAGGCCCGGGGAUCUGCGUUCCGGUGUCCAUCAGUUCCCCCUCGGGGCCCCCACUGCCGAUCAAGGAACCCCCUCUACCAAUACUACAAGGCAACAUGGCGGAGGAGGCAGAUGUGGACAUCGAGGGGGAUGUGGCAGACUGCAGCAAGGGGACCUACGAGGAGCCGAACUCCGGAUUUGUUCCCGAUCACUAUCUGGAUUCCAUGUGGAAGGGCGAUGAUGUCCUCACUCCGUGGACCCUGGACAGUAGCAUCAGCGAUGAGAACCGGGUCGCCAUCGAGAGAAUGCUGCUUGAAGAGGAAUAUUAUUUAUCUAACAAGCCACUUCAAGCAAAGUUUUGGUCCGACUCAAACAAUGCAGAAAAGGCCGCUAUCAAGAGGAGCCCACAGAAGAAAACGGCUCGAGCUCCGAUCCGAUCUCCAUCUAAGCCCAGCAGCGGAGCUGUGAAGUGGACGGCGGAAGAGAAAGAUCUGUUUGAGCAGGGGUUGGCUACGUUCGGCAGAAGAUGGACGAACAUUGCCAGGCUGAUAGGGAGCCGCACGGUGUUACAGGUUAAGAGCUAUGCCAGGCAGUAUUUCAAGAAUAAGUGUAAGGAGAAUGGGGAGAAAGAUGGCAACACGGCCACCGAUGAGUUUCCCGUUUUCCACGCCGAGAACUCGGAGGAAGAAGCGAAACUGUCUGCAUUCCGAGGUCGAGCGGACCCCAACCUCAACGCGGUUAAGAUUGAGACGUUAUCUGAUGAUGAAGAGGUCGACAUAACGGAUGAGGUGGACGAGGCAUUUGUCAGCAGCGGAGACCUUCCUGACUCGGCGAUAAAUCCAGCAGAUAAGAUCUGCCAGGUGAAGGAAGAGGCCAUUCAUCCCGCCACGGAACAAAGUCACCUGACCCCAGAACAACCGCACACGUAUGUUGCAGAGACAGAGGCACUUUGUCACAAGGAACCGGACGACGAGGACGCUUUUUAUUGCUUCACAUGCGUGCCACACAGCGACACUUUGACACCCGCGCAAGAUGAAGGAGCCAGUCAGGACUCCACCUCUGCGAGCACGCAGGAUAAGGAUGAUGACGUGCUGACGGUUCAGUCCUAUGAGCACGACGACAGUCAGGAUGGUGCAGAAGAUCUGAAAGUGCCCGACCAGGAGGUGCUGCUGGACCCAGACUUCAUUCAAGAAGAAGAAAAGCAGGCCAUCCCAGAAUUCUUCGAGGGGCGCCCAGCAAAGACUCCGGAGCGCUAUCUCAGGAUACGCAAUUACAUCUUGGGGCAAUGGAAGAAUUGUAAGCCAAAUUACUUGAACAAAACCUCCGUGCGCCCGGGACUGAAGAACUGCGGCGAUGUGAACUGCAUCGGGCGCAUCCACACCUACCUGGAAUUAAUUGGCGCCAUUAAUUUUGGCUGUGAGCAAGCGGUUUACAAUCGGCCGCGUCCGCUGGAUAAAACCAAGACGAAGCUGGUAAAAGAUGCGUUGGAAGUGUACGAGCUCGCCCACCGCCUGCAGACUAUGCGCACCAGACGGAGGCGUGUCCGGGGCCCCUGGGGGAACUGGUGUGAUGCAAAAGACCUGGAGGGACAGACGUUUGAGCAUCUUUCGGCGGAGGAGGUGGCACAAAGACGGGAGAGGAUGAGGAGCCUGAAAUGUUCCAGGGGACCGAGACCACCCAAGAGCACAUUUGACCCGUUCCAGCUCAUCCCCUGCCUUGACUUUACUGAAGAGAAACAGGCUCCCUUCCGAGUGAAGAUCUCAGCGGAGGCCAUGCUAAUACUGGAUUUGCACGCGCACAUCUCCUUGGCGGAAGUCAUAGGCCUAUUGGGAGGAAGGUAUUCAGAAGAAGAGCGUAUCGUAGAAAUCUGGGCCGCAGAGCCAUGUAACAGCCUCAGUACCGGGCUACAGUGUGAAAUGGACCCAGUCUCUCAGACUCAGGCUUCGGAAGCCCUGUCACUGAGCGGCUACAAUGUCAUCGGCUGGUACCACUCUCAUCCUGCAUUCGACCCCAACCCGUCCAUCAGAGAUAUCGACACCCAGGCCAAGUACCAGAGUUAUUUCUCUCGCGGAGGAGCAAAGUUUUUGGGGAUGAUCAUCAGUCCGUAUAACCGCAGUAACCCCCUGCCGCAGUCGCAGCUGACCUGCCUGGUGAUCAGCGACGAUGUGAGUGAGGACGGCUCGUACAGAAUGCCAUACAGGUUUGAUGUGGAGCUCAUGUCUGGUCAGCCGAGCUGGGAGGUCAUAUUUGAGAAGACGAGGUGGAUUAUCGAGAAGUAUCGCCUGUCUCACAGCAGCGUUCCGAUGAACAAAAGGUUCCGCCAAGACAGCGAUCUGACGUGCUUGGAGAAGCUCCUGACGUGUCUGCGGCGGACGCUGGUGAACGCAGCCUGUUCAGCGUUUGCUGAUGAAUUCCUCAGCCGCAUAGAAGAUUAUUUCCUCUCCAGCUACACAAGCAAUAAAGACGUAGAGGAUGUGGGCGGGGCUCUGGCAGUGGCUGCCGAAAUAGAGACGGAGGCCUCCACCUCGGAUCCGCCAACCGAUGGCUGA